AUGUCAAGCGACAGUUUUCGCCUGGAAUCCUUCCGCCCGUGGAACCCUUUUCAGGACAAGGCGCAGCCUCUGCGGGAUUCUGUCGAUAUUUGUCGAUAUCCAAGUCCUGUCUCGAUCACCGCCACCUCGCUUCCCUCCAAUUCUACCAAUUCGGCUUCCAAGAACCCAAAUGUUCAUUCUCAUAAAUCUGAGCGACACCCUCUUCCUCCCCGACCGCCGGUGGAGGUUUGCUUGAACGACAGCCUACCACAGGAGUCAAACACUCAGCAUCAGCACCAUCCCGCUGUGGAGGAUCAGAUAUCAUGCAUUAACCCCGGAGUUGAGGCGUUCGACUUCAAUGAUAUUCUGCAUCUGCAGGAUUUACCAAGCUCUGGAGACGAGGACCAUCCAAUAAAUUGUGAUAAUCUGGGCCCGGAGUCUCAGUGCCCACUCAACUUUGAAUCGGGUGAUCUGGGGCUCGCUUGCACUACCAGUCAGCAGUCUCAAGUUGGCAAGGCUGGAAGUUCUGGUCUGGCCAGCGAGUGUUGCGACCCAACAAUUGAUCCGGCAAUCCUGGAUGAUUAUCAUUUUCAAGAUAUGGAGCCGACCCCAGCAAGAAAAGAGACCUCUGACGUUGUGGCCCCUUCUCGUUCGUUGGGUAAAUCUGUUCGUGGCCGCGGCAUGCGACCGAAUUCGCAACGGGCGAUGAAACCCGGGCGGCAGCAGUCCAAAAUCAGCAAGGUUGCUGUCGUCGUGGACAAUCGCCACAUGAAUAGGACUGGCCGGAGUGCUCGAGCAAGCGGCCCCGUUAAAAUGUCGUUUUCUAUUCUUCGGGAUCAAUUCUCUUCCCUACCGGUCGAAGAGCGACUACAGUUUUUGUCUUGGUUGUUUGAGGGUGCUUUAUCACACUGCGUUUCUACGCGUGCCAACCCAGAUACCGCCUCUGUAUCCGGAUGCAUCUCGAGCCAAGCUGUGAACCUGACAGAUGAGUAUGACCACUCGGGCUCAAGCACCGAAUUAGUUGAUGCGCAACCUACGAGAAAAGGCUUACCGUGGUCUAUGGAAGAAAACUGUUUAUUGGUGAGCCUCCGGGAAGAGCAGAAUCUUGCUUGGUCGGAGGUGACGAGACUGUUCGCGAAGAAAUUCCCCGGAAGAAGCAAAGGGUCUCUACAGGUGUACUGGAGCACGACGCUCAAGAAACAGCGGCUCUCUUUGGCAGACGCAGCGUAA